AUGGGCCGCUGGUCGCAAUACGAUACGGACGAGGAGCGGUUGCCCUCGGGCAUGACCCGCAUAGGCUACGAUGCCGAUGACCAGACGUACACGUUCCGCGAUGCCGACGGCAGCAUCUGGGAGAGCGCCCCGGGCAGCCAAUACGGCGGUCUUCACCGAGUGUCGGGACCGCCGGCUCCGCGCCAGCAACAGCAGUCUACCCACUACGAAGCGGGAGACGGAGAAAACGACAACGACGGCUUGCUUGAACAGCCGCCUCCGCCGUACACGGAGGACCCGGAGGACCCGACUACCAAGGCGUCGUGGCGAGCCGAGAUGAUGCCCUUGUUCAACUUUUUCAUGAUUGUCGGGCUGUUCCUCAUUGGUGUCUUCUUUUACCUCCGAGCCACGGCCCGCCAAAUGGAUGACAGGCUACGACAGGGCCAGUGCGGAACAGACGGCGUGCCCUAUACAAUCCACCAUGGAGAUACGUGCUGGGAUAUCGCCAAUGCCAGGGACUCUUCAGUCGAGACACUCUUGGGGUUGAAUACGAAUCUCGACUGUGAUAGGCUACAGGUUGGAAAGUCAAUCUGCGUCCCAGAGGCUUGA